AUGCAAGCCCUGCGUACUUCGACUUUCGACUACAAGCAGUUCAAGGACAGGAAUUCUAGCCGACUUAGAGAUACCUGCCAGUGGGUUCUCCAUCAUGACAAUUUCCGAAACUGGAAAGACAGCAGCUCCUCAAGUCUUCUUUGGAUAUCUGCGGAUCCUGGAUGCGGAAAAUCGGUUUUCACUAAAUCUCUUGCCGGCGACCUUAAAAACACGGACGGUCACACAACUUGCUACUUCUUCUUCAAAGAUGACGACGUACAGAAAAGUGCAGUUACAGCGCUUGCGGCACUACUCCACCAGCUCUUUCGGCGGAAACCAACACUUAUCAAAUAUACUAUGUUGGAUUUCGCUGCUAAUGGAGAUAAACUUUCUCAACCAUCUCAUACACUCUGGAGUAUUCUAAUAAAAACCGUGGCUGAUCGGAAUACCGGAGAAGUCUUUUGCGUCUUAGAUGCCCUCGACGAAUGCGCAGAAGCAGGGCAGUAUCAGAUUAUUACCGCUCUCAGUUCAUUCUACCAGCAAGCAAUCUCCGGAAACAAUACGUCUCAACUCAAAAUAUGUGUCACUAGUCAUCCUUACCCAGACAUCAAACGGCGAUUCACCGAUCUUACUUCUAACUUUCCAACGAUUCGGCUGCGCGGCAAGCAAGAAUCAGAUAAAAUCAGUCAUGAGAUCAACCAAGUUAUUAAAUGGAGAGUAUCUCAAUUCGGGUCUGAGCUUAAGCUUAAUAAUUCAGAACAGUCAAAUCUCGAAACAGAGCUAUUAACAAUAUGUCACCGAACAUACCUCAGGGUAACACUCAUUUUCGAUAUCAUUCGCAAAAUGAUUCGACCGACAAGUCGGAAAUUGAAGGCUGUUAUCAGUGGCCUUCCGUCCACGGUUGAUGAAGCAUACGAAGCGAUUCUUACAAAAAUGGAGGAGGAUGAUCGACCACAAGCACGGAAAUUGCUCUAUAUCGUUGUUGGAGCAACCAGGCCUCUUACACUAAAGGAAAUGAACAUCGCUCUAGAUAUAGAAGACCAUCAUCGCUCCUACAACGACCUUGAACCUGACCUUGACGAUAAGCGAGGUUUGAAGCUAGAUCGAAACGUCUAUCUGAUCCAUCAAACCGCAAAAGAAUUCCUUCUCACGAAGAGUGAGGCCGCUGCUAUUGGAUGGAAACAUUCUCUUGUUCCAACGGAUUCUGAGCUCCUUAUGGCCAGAGUAUGCCUUAUAUAUCUUUCGUUAACUGAAUUUGAUAGAGCGACAGAUCAGAUCUCUGCCGCAGUCAAACACGGCUACUUAGAUUAUGCCGUAGGUUCCUGGGCUGCCCACUACCGAAAAGCACAGCAUAGCGCAACCGAGCAAAUGUUGCACUUGCGGUUCAAGAGUCGGUUCGAUGUAUACUGGUCGAUGGCUCACCAGUGGCACUCCAAUCCACAGUUCACAAGAAUUCUGAUGGUAGAGUCAUAUUUUGGGCAGGAGGGCAUCGUCAAGCUGUUGCUCGAGGCCAAGGCCAACGUCGACUCGAAGGAUAAGUACGGUCAGACGCCGCUGUGGUGGGCGGCCGAGAACGGGCGCGAGGGUGUCGUCAAGCUGCUGAUGUCCUAUCCUUCCGCGCUAUAUCAUUUUCAGCCUUCCCGCCGCCCACUGUCUAAAGUCAUCCACGCUCUUAUAUAUUCUGUAUAA